GUUCUAGUUCCGAGGCCGGGUUCUGCUCCCUCUCAGGCUGCCGGAGCCGUGGGCUUGGGGAGCCCCAAGAUGAAACUGAAGCCAGGGUCGUUCCUGUGGUACCUCUACCUGGACAAACUAUACUGCCUGCUGUCCCUGAGAAAUGUGAAGGCCUUGGUGGACUACUUCCACCUCCUCGAUGUGCACCGCAACAACACCCUGAAUGAUGUGCUGUUCUACCACUUCCUUCAUCACGUGACUAACUGGAACCGGAGGCAGAUCAUGAGUGUGUUCAACAUGCUGGACUGGGACGCUGUGGGCGAGAUUGGUUUUGACCAGUUCUACAUGCUGGUUUGCAUAUUGCUGGCACAGCAGAACCACUUGGAAGAGCAAUUUGUCUUCCGCCAUUCCCGGCCUGUUUUUGAGCUGCUUGAGAAGGAUGGGGAGCUGAGAAUUGGUGCAGAGAACUCCCACAUGUACAAAUUCCUCUUCAAUAUUAAAGAAGAGGAAAUCCGAGAGUUCUACCAUGACUUUGACAUCAUAGGUGACUGUCGUCUUAAUUACAAGGAAUUUAAGCUGUUUACCAUCUUCGCCAUGGACAAGUACCUGGAGAAGCAGAAAGCAGAGAAAAAGGACAAGCAAAAUGAGGUUCUGCUCCAAAACAGCAAGUCACACGUCGUUUAAGAGGACCCAGGAGAGCCUUCUUAGGGAACCCAGGAGAGAGUCUACUUGGAAUAAAUGAAAGUAUAAUAUAAGUAAUUACAACUGUUAACAUGUUUAAAAAUAAAUUUGAGCACCAAAGUGGGUAUCUUUACAUUGACUUUAAUAUAUAAAGGGUUCAAAUGAGUGCUCCUCAAACAGCGGGUUCUCAACUUUGGUAACCUACUGACCUCACAUACAACUCACAAUAGUGUCACGUGAAGAAACCACUUUCUCUGUCCAUCCGCAUGUCCUAAGUCUGCUGCUGCUUUUCAGAUCAACCCUGUUCAUUAGGUCCCUGUGUACUCAAAUAAUUACCAACAGUUACUGGAGCUAAGCAGUUGAAAGAAGGCAAUGCUUUCCCAGUAUUAGUCACUAGUGGCCCAAUACUUUCAGAAUCCUUUCUAGUUUCCCAAUCCUUAGGCUAAAACUACCUGCAUGCAAGACACUUCAAAACGGCAAAUGGCGAAGUGCCUCCAACCACAAGGGAAACUGACUUUUAAGGAUAUGGGGGCUGUGUUCUUCCUAGACCGUGAAUUACUCUCUGAUCAAUUAGGUGCUUAAGCAAUGUAUCAGAUCUGCUAGGGUAAAACAAAUAUUACAUGCCCUUUUAUAAGUUUUUUUUUGUUGUUUAAUUAAUGCCUUGAAUAAUUUUUAAACGUUUUUAGCACGGGACUUAUGAAUCCUCCCUGACUGUACUGUGAUGUUGGUGAUAACUACCAUUUUGUAAGUACUUGCUAUGGGUCAGACAGUUGUUUUAGAUGCAUGAAUUUAUAUAUUCUCAUAAUUCUCUGAAUUAGGUGUCACUCUCAAUUUACAGAUGAGGAAACUGAGACCUACAGAAAUUAAGAACCUUACCCAAGAAGAUAUGGCUCACUGGUGGUAGGACCAGGAUUCAAAUUCAAGGUCAAUUAGAUGCCUGUGCUUAGAGCAAGUGAUCCAAGUAACUCACUUCAGUUUUAGCACAUUCUGUUUAAGUUUUAAGCUAGCAACUCACUGGCUCAGAAAUUCCUUCUGUAUCAUG